AUGGCGGCGCAGCGCGGCAAGGACGGCGGCAAGGGCGGCGGCAAGGGCGCGGACAAAGGCAAUCUUGACGACUUUGUCGUUGAGGACGACAAGGAGGAUUCUGAGGAUCAGGACGGCUCGGGGGACGACAGCGACGGCGGCUCGGACUACAAUCCCAGCGGCAGCGGCGGCGACGACGAUGAGGAGGGGGCGGACAGCGGCAGCGACAGCGACUACGGCGGUGGCCGCCGCACAGCUGGCGCCGAUGGCGGCCGCAAGCGCAAGGCCAACGGCCCCGCGGCGGUCGGCGCUGCCGCGGGUGGCAGCGGCCGGCGCCGUGGGAAGCGGCGGCGCGCCAAGGCGCACGUACUCGCGGCGCUGAAGCAGCUGCUGGAAGCUGUGGGGUCGGAGGGCAGGGAGCUGGACGCGCUCAGGGAGGAGUGGCAGCGGGACAUGGCUGAGGCAAAGCGGACGCUGUCCGAGCUCAAUGCCUCCCACAGCGCGCGCCGCUCCGCCCUGGACCGCAUGCACGACACAGCGCGCGACCAGCAGGCGGGCGCACCGCGCGGCGGCGAGCUGGACCUGCCUGUCUUCACGGUAUCGGCGUCGGACUGCCAGAAGCUGGAGAGGCGCCGCAGCCGUGACGGGCAGCCGCACACCUUCACCCACCUGCGGGACACCGGGAUCCCCGAGCUGCGGGACCACGCGCGGCAGAUCGCCGCUCGCGGCCGCGCGGCGGCGCUCAAGGCCCUGGCCGGCAAGCUCAGCCACUUUGUGGUGUCCGCGGGGCGCGCGCUGCUCAACCAGGCGCGUGUGCCAGGCGGCCAGGUGACUGAGAAGCUGGGACCCGCCAUACAGGAGGCCUACGAGUCCACCCAGACCGGCCUCAAGCGCCAGCUGGACGCCCACACCACCGCCUGGACCUUGCAGCUGCAGUCCAGCUGGAUACACCAGGGCCUGGGGCCGCGCCUGACGACGGGCGCAGGCAAGCAGCGCACCAGGGCGAGAGCCGACAUGAACGCCUUUCCAUUUCUGGGGCCCGUGGCGCCCACCACGGUCGCCGCCUGGCGCAGCAGCAGCGGCAGCAAGGGCUGCGGGCUCUACUACAUGACCUACAAGGCGGUUGUGCGGCGCAACGGGGGCCCCUAUGUGUCGCCCAGCGCUGGCGAGAUCAACUUCAACGGUGAUCUGGUGGGCCCCAUCCUGGACGCGUGCGCCGUGAUCUGGGACGCCACCUUCAACCAGGGCACCGAGCUGCUGCUGGCCAACUUCUCAAAAGGCGUGAUCAGCUCCCUCAGGCUGUCGCUGGCGGCCUUCCAGCAGUCGCUGGUUGCCCUGGGCCUGGAGGGAGGGCCCCUUGCUGCAAUGCUGGUGCAGGUGGCGCGCAACGAGCAGCGGCGGCUAGACGGCGCAAUAGGACAGGUGGUGGCCCUGGUGGAGGACCGCCAGAAGAGCCUCUCACGCUGCGUCCUGGAGGGAGAGGUCCGGCGCACCAUGCAGGGCGCCUACGACGCCUGCGCCGCCGAAAGGGGCGGCGGCAGCUACAACCGGAUGCACACCCUCAUGGAGGAGGUCCGCAAGCUGGCGACCGAGUGUGUGGCGCAGCUGCGCGGCGGCGUGGCGGCGGUGCUGCAGGGGGCGUCCACGCACCUGUCUACCCUAUGGGAGGUGCCACCCUGCAAUGACUACGAGCGCUACGAAGCCGCCAAGAAGCUGCUCGCCCUGGCGCACCGCGCGCGCGCUACCUGCGAGGCCGUCGGUGCGGCGCCUGAGCCCCUCUUCAGCCUGCCGUCGAUUGCGCCUGAACCGCCAUCUACGGCAAGAGCUCUGGCCACCGCUGGGGCUGGCGUCGCUGACACGGGGGCGAAACGACAGGCAGGCGGCGAGGGUACGGAAGGUGAAGAGGUAGCGAAGGAGGAGGCGGAAGAGGACGAGGGGAUCAGAGACCGCCGACACGAGUCGUCCGUGCUGCAGCGGCAACAGCAGCAGGCGGAGCAGCAGGAAGCGGCGCGCCGUCAUGAGCAGUGGUGGCAACAUCAGCAGCAGCAAGCGCACCAGCAGCGGGCGCAGGUGCGGGCGUUGCAGCUGCAGCACCAGCAGGAAAUGCUGCGGCCGCAGCACUUGCCGAAUGCGCAGCAGCAGCAGCUUUUGCAACAGCAACAGCCGCGGCAGCAGCUGCUGCAGCAACAGCAGCGGCACCAGCAGCAGUUGCGGCAGCAGCAGCACCAGCAACUGCAGCGGCAGCGGCAGCAGCGGCAGCAGCAGCCACAGCAGCCACAGCACCCGCAGCAGCAGCAGCAGCAGCAGGUGCAGGUGCAGGUGCAGCAGCCGCAGGUGCAGCCACAGCAACAGCAGCAGCUGCAGGAGCAGCAGCGGCAGCAGCUGCAGGAGCAGCAGCGGCAGCAGCCGCAGGAGCAGCAGCGGCAGCAGCCGCAGGUGCAGCAGCGGCAGCAGCCGCAGGUGCAGGUGCAGCAGCAGCAGCAGCAGCAGCAGCCGCAGAUGAAGCAGCAGCAGCAGGUGCAUGUGCAGGUGCAGGUGCAGCCACAGCAACAGCAGCAGCUGCAGGCACAGCAGCGGCAGCAGCCACAGGUUCAGCAGCAGCAGCAGCAGCAGCAGCAGCUGGUCGGGGCACAGCAGCAGCUGCAGCAGCUCCAGCAGCAGCAGCAGCAGCAGGUGCAGCCGCAGAUGCACCUGCCAUGUUCCCAGCAAUUACAGCUGCCGCAGCGGCAGCAGCAGCAGCAGCAGCAGCAGCAGCAGCAGGGAUGCCAGCAAAUGCACCUCCUGCACCAGCGAAUGCAGCAGUAUGAGCAGCAAGCGCAAGCUCGCAUGCCGCUUUAUCAGGAUAUGCAACAGUGCGCGGGACUGCAGCUGAACACUCAGCUGCCAGUGCUGGUGCCCCUCAACCCGGCACUGCCCGUGCUGGUGCCUCUCAACCCAGCCCACAACCUCGUCCCGCUACAGCAGCCGCAGCUACCGGCACCAGCGCUGCCGCCAGCUCGUGCAGCGGCGUGGGCACGCGCCCCAGAGGAUGUCAUUCCAGACAGCGAGGAGGACGAGGAGGUGGGGGGUGCCGCCAGCGGCGGCUGCGAGGUGGGGUGGCAGCAGGAGCGCGUGUUUGCGAGGAAUGUGGCGGCGGACGUGAGCAUGCGGCCACUGUCGAGACCGUGGCACGGGUGGGCGGACGAGAACGACCCCGGCGCAGCGGCGGCCGGCAGGGCCAACGGCGGGGCUGGAGUCAAGGCUAAGAAGCGCCAGGCCAAGGGGGCCAAGAAGCCCCCUAAGCGCCCCAUGGGCUCCUACAUGCUCUUCAGCCAGGACAAGCGCGGCCAGGUGAAGGCUGCGAACCCCGCCUUUGGCGUCGCAGACAUUGCAAAGGAGCUGGGCGCCAUGUGGAGGGUCGUGGGCCCCAAAGAGAAGAAAAAGUACGAGGAUCUGGCCAGGGAGGCGCGCACACGCUAUGAGGUGGAGAAGGCGCAGUUCGAGGCCGGCCAGGGGUGA